AUGUAUAUCACUAUCCCCUUUACGGUUGCGUUGAAACAAAUGCCAACCUACACAAGAUUUCUUAAGAAAAUCUUGAGUGGGAAGCGAGAUUUUGACGUAAAGGAGACGGUGAAUCUCACCGAAAAUUAUAGUGCUAUUAUUCUUAACCAAACGCCACCUAAACUCAAAGACCCGGUGUUCGCCAAGCUUGAAAUUGGUGAUCUUGUCCCAACCAACAUCACCUUGCAACUUGCCGACCGUUCGGUCAAGUACCCUAUUGGCAAGGUUGAGGAUGUUCCCCUAGUUGUUCGCAAGCUUGCUUUCCUUGUGGACUUCGUCGUCUUGGACAUUGAUGAGGAUUCCCAUACCCCCAUUAUCUUGGGAGGCCAUUUUUGGCCACCGCGGGUGCUCUUAUCGAUGUGCAAGGGGACUAAUCACCUUGAAAGAGGGAGACGCCAAGGCUAG